AUGGUCGCUGAACUCCUCCAGCCUGGCGGUGUCAUGGCACUCAAGCAGCUUGGUCUGGAGUCAUGCCUUGGAGAUUUUGAAUCCGCUUCCCUGUCAGCAUUCUACGUCAUGCGAGGGGCUGAUAAUGGCAUUUACGCCCCAUUCCCUGAAGGCCAUGAGGCGCGGGCUUUUGAACAUGGGUCAUUUGUCAUGGCCUUACGGGAUCGCGCACGGCGGGCCCCCAAUGUCGACUUCAUCGAGACCACGGUAACCGCUCUUAUCGAGAACGAGGACGAGCGCGUAGUAGGUGUCAGCACCUGCCAAGCCGGUGGCCAGCCAGAGUCAUAUUUUGCUGACCUCGUCGUUGUCGCGGACGGCGGCUUGUCCAAGUUCAGAACUGCCGUUCUCGGGCACAUGCCGUAUGAGCCUUCACAAAUGGGUUACUUGGCAGGUCUGCUUGUGAAAGACUUGACGCUACCAGUAGCCAAGUGUGCCACUAUGAUUGUCCUGAAAGGCGCUGGACCGGUCGUCCUUUACGAACUCCCCAACAACGAGUGUCGGAUGCUGGUUGAGUUCAAGGAGCCCCCGGCAGACCUCAAGGUUUGUAAUUCUGUCUUGUAUGAUCGUGAUCACGUCUGA